ACCGCCUCAAAUGCAUUGAGUUGUCCGUGAGUGCGCAAAAACGCGCGCAUCCAUCAGGAAAACAAACGCUGAGACUGUUCCGGAUAAAGUGGACACCGAUUCUGGGUCGUCAAGGUGUGAUACGAGUAAUGUGGUGAAUUUAAUGUACGUGCCGAAGAUAACUCACACACCCAGCACGAAUAGCAUUGAUGCGAGGAAAUUCGUCGAGGAUUAUGAGGAGUAUCACGAUUCGUGUUCGGAACUGCCAGAGAAUUCCAACUUCUUAGAGGUGAGUUCCAUUGAUGGGGCGAAGAAAAAAGUCAAAGCCAAGAUGAAGACUAAGGGAGUGAAGAGUGUCAAACAUGGCGGCGUCACCAGGUGUAUUCCGGUUGAGACUGAUGCGAAUAACGAUGAUGAUAGCGAUUUUCCCCAAUCGGAGAUGCAGCUUGUACCCUAUGAUGCAAAGUAUAAUCUACCAAAGAACAUUUUUAACAUGAUGAAUACAGCGCAGAUGGUUGAAAUCACCGAUCAGAAUAUUGAUAUCCUGCAUAAGAAUGUUGAGAUUGCUGAGAAUAAUCCGGAUCUGAUUGCUGAACAACCAGUCAUUGUGUUUCCUUCAAGUAAAAGUCAAGAUAAAGAGUAUGCGAUUGAAGAUGAUGAUGAUGUCUAUAAACCGAUUGCGGUUAGUCCGUGUGGCAGAUUUUUCAAGUAUGAAGAAGAGGUUGGUAGAGGAUCGUUUAAAACAGUCUAUCGUGGUUUAGACUCUCAGACAGGCGUUGCUGUAGCCUGGUGCGAGUUGCAAGAGAAGAAGUUGAACAAAGCGGAGAGGCAGCGUUUCCGUGAAGAGGCUGAAAUGUUGAAAAAGUUGCAACAUGCUAAUAUUGUAAGGUUCUACAACUAUUGGGAGAGUAUUGUUGGUAAUAAAAAGAAGAAUAUUGUAUUGGUUACGGAACUUAUGCUAAGUGGAACUUUAAAAACAUAUUUGAGACGAUUCAAGAAGAUUAAUCCGAAAGUAUUGAAGUCUUGGUGUCGACAGAUAUUGAAAGGCUUAGCGUUUCUGCACUCGCGCAGCCCGCCGAUUAUUCACCGUGAUUUGAAAUGUGAUAACAUUUUUAUCACUGGCACCACCGGUUCGGUGAAAAUCGGCGAUUUGGGUUUAGCGACGUUGAAAAAUCGCAGUUUUGCUAAGUCUGUCAUAGGCACGCCGGAGUUUAUGGCGCCGGAGAUGUAUGAAGAACACUAUGAUGAGGGAGUGGAUGUCUACGCAUUCGGUAUGUGCAUGUUGGAGAUGGCCACCAGUGAAUAUCCGUAUUCUGAAUGUACUGGACCAGCACAAAUCUACAAGAAAGUUAUUUCUGGCGUGAAGCCGGCAAGUUUCGAAAAAGUGGCGAACCCAGAGGUGCGCGACGUAAUCGAGAGCUGCAUCCGGCCGCGCAAGGAGGACCGCCCCAAAGUGAAGGAUCUCCUCGUGCAUCCGUUCUUCGAGGAGGAUGUAGGCUUGAAGAUCGAUUUGGUGACGCAGAUUGAGAGCAAGAUCAUUUUUCGGCUGCGCGUUAUAGACCCCAAGAAGCGGACGCAUAAACAUAAGGAGAAUGAAGCUAUUCAGUUCGAGUUUGAUAUAGAAACGGACCGCUUUGAUGUAAUCGCUGAGGAAAUGGCGAAGUCUGGAAUCAUUUUUGAAGAGGACGCGAAAAUUGUUGCAAAGUUGCUGAGAGCGCAGGUGACUCAGAUUACAAAAGAGAAGCAGAAGCAGCAGUAUCUGCAACAGCAGUAUUUGCAACAACAGCAAAUGGAUUCGUCGAAUGUUCAACAACAGCAGGUACAGCAGGUGCAACAGGUUCCUGGUCAAGGAGGACAACAGGGCCAACAGGCUGGAAAUGCUAAUUAUACUUACGCGGCUGCUGCUGCAGCUGCGCAGUCGAAUCAAUCUUCCGCACAGGUUCAACCUGUGCAGCAAGUACAACAGGUACAACAACAACAGACUUACCCACAGGAUUAUCAACAGCAAGCUUACCAACAGCAGCAGCAGCAACAACAGAAUUAUAACAACCAACAACAGCAACAUCAAGUACCUCAAGUGCAACAAGUACAACAGGUACAACAAGUUUACAAUCAGCCUCCUCCACAGCAACAACAAAGUCAACAACAAGCGCCAACACAGUAUAUACCUGAACAACAGGUACAACAAGUACAGCAGGUACAGCAAGUACCUCAACAGCUUCCACAGCCCGUGCAGCAGUUUGUUGAAACUCCGCAACAACAGGUGCAGCAGAUACCACAACAACAGCAACAACAGGUUGUACAGCAAGUACCGCAAGUACAACAAGUUCAACAGUAUCUUCAAACUCAACCUUUGCCUGAACAUAGGUUGUCAACGGUGUCUCAGCCUGAUUUGAUGGCAUCUUCUCAGGUUGUACCACCACCUGAACAUCGCCUCAGUGUUGAUUCUCAGAUGGACCUCCAGAAACAACAGAUUUUUCAUCAGCAAUCCACCGAGUCUUUGUUGGUUGGUAAUUAUCAGCAACAGAUGAGUAUGCCUGAUCUGCAACAACACAGGAAUUCUGUACCACAUUCUGCAAAUAUGGAGAUGAUGCAGAUGCAACCUGAGCAACAACAACAACAACAACAGCAGGUUGUACAACCGAGACCACUACAACAAAUUUUAGAACAUGAUUCUACCAUGCAACAACAACAGGUACAACAGCAGCAAGUGCAACAACAGGUACCACAACCUACUCAACAACAAUAUAUAGAACAGUAUGUACAACAGCAGAAUCAGCAAAGUCAACAACAGAUUAUGCAGCCGGUGCAACAGCAAGUGAUGCAACCUGUACAACAACAACAGCAACAACCACCGCCGCAGCAAAUUAUCCAACAGGUGCAGGUACAACAACCUCAACAACAAGUCCCACAACAGAUGAUGCCGCAACAACAGUAUGUACAACCGCAACAACAGGUACAACAGGUGAUGAUGCAGCAACAACCUCCACAACAGCAAACGCAACCACAAACACAACCGGUUCAAGUGUUACCGCCGAAUGUAAUGAUGCAACAGCAAUCUCAACAACAGUUGCAACAACCGCCACCACAGCAACUGCAACAAACACCUAGUCAACAUCAGCCUAUAAUGCAAUCUUCGGCUAGUCAACAAACCCUACAAACUGUGCCUAUGCAGCAACAGCACGUACAACAAGUGCAACAUGUACAACAGGUCAUGCAACAACAUCAACCCGUGAUGCAGCAGAUUCCUCAACAUUCUAUGCCGCAACAAUAUACUCAUCCGACUUUAACGAAUGUCGGACAUAUUCAACCGGCUGUAAUGCAACAACAACCACCACCUCAACAACAACAACAACAUCAGCAACAUAUUCAGUAUAUUCCGCAACAAGCACCCCAGGAGGCAAUCAACGAGUUGGAACAACAGAUGUAUUUGUUGCAGCAACAACAACAGCAGCAGCAGCAGCAACAACAACAACAAUCUGUAGAGAUUACACAACAUCAUAGAUUAUCAACUGCUUCAUUGCCACCGAUGGCUACAUUCGAGCAGAAUGUCGACCAACAUUCAAGGAGGAUGUCCACAACUUCACAACCACCUAUUAUUGAUUAUGGAUAUCAAUAUCCUGAUGUUUUACUACAGCAACAACAACAACAGCAGCAGCAGAUGUCACAACAGACUCAAAAUCAACAGGUACAACAAGUACAACAGCCGGUACAACAGGUACCUCAACCUGUACAACAAAUUCAACCCCAACAACAACAACAACCACCACCUGUGCAACAACAGCAAUACUACCAAUCACAAGGCCCUUAUGUUGAGUAUAAACCCAUGGCGCCACCCGAAGGAGAGGAACCUAAAGAUGACCACACUCAGCAACAACCGCAACCUCAACCACAGCCUCAACAACCCGCCGCAAUUAAUCAGCGUGAUGAUUCCACAACGGAUCAAUACACAAUCAAGCCGGAGUUUGGCGAUAUGAAACUGCUCGAUGAUGCUACACUUCAACAACAGCAGGUUGCCUUCCAAGGGUUGAAAACCUCACUGGCUGAAAAGAUGAAUACUCAGUUUGCGUGUCGUGAAAGUCUCAAUAGCAGCGGCACGGUAUCGCGGAAGACAUCGACUGCUAGCGAAUACACACCCGAACAUACCUAUGUGCAUGAUACGCGUCCGUUGUACACGGAAACCACAGCGAUUAGUUACGCGCCGACGAAUACGGAAACAUCGACUAUAGUUACGGAUAGUAUGAGUAUUCCGGUUGUACAGGCGGAUGUGAACGAUGGCAAACAAAAGGUGGACGUUAAAAUCGUCCAUCUUGAGAAUCCAGAGGGCAGUGAUGCUGGUGUGGGCGGAGUUAUUGAAUCUGUUGAAGGUGUAGCUGCAAAACCAACUGUGACUAUCCCACCAUUGGGGAUAGAUACAAGUGGUGGUGAGGGUCAAGGUCAGUUGAAGGUUCAAACACCCAAACAGCGGAAGAUAUCGAUAUUCUUGGUGAGUCCGGUUAAUUCCGGUCAAUUGGAGUUGCCACCUACAACUGCGGAAAUAAAAGAAAAAGAGGAGGAGUUUGAUCAUGACAAGGAUAAAGACACGGAGUCCUUAUCAGAACGUCGUGAUUCAGUUGAAUCUUCAGAUAUGAGUUCGUCGACUGCAACUGUCACCGGCCCGUUGUCGAUUCCCAUCUCGGCUUCGACCAGCGCUAAUGUGACUGUUUCCGGCAGUGUGGAGAAUGUGUCCAAUGAGCCGUUGGUCUGUGGCCCGGAGAUGAUCACACUGGAGCAGCUUAAGAUGAGUUUGGAGGUGCUCAAACAAGGUGGGCCUGUGAGUCUCAAGGAAUCUUUGGAUGUCAAAUCGUCUGCCACAUCCACACCAACGACAUCUACCGUCUCGCAGACGAGUUUAUCGUCACAGGUUGCUAGUAAUACAAUUACAACUAUGGUUGUAUCGAAUGUGGUGCAGUCUGCGCCUGCGCCGGUGCCUGCACCUGUUGCGCUUCCGGUUGUACCGACUGCAGCGCCGCCAUUGACUACCCUCCCGCCUGUAGUACAGAGCUUCCCGACCGUAACGCCCACUCAAGGUGCUGGGAAUGUUGUUGCGCCUGCGGCUAUUGUUGGAACCGGUGGGGUGGAGCAUGUGGCGCUGCCGCAGCUACCGCAGCUAGUUCCGAAUACUGCCACUGCGGUUCAACAACAACAACAGCAGCAAGCUGCGGCGGUGAAACCAGUCGCGACGGUUUAUCCAAUGGCGCCGAGUGCGUAUAAUGUGUUGCCGCCUAUGCCGCAGCAGCAAGUACAACAACAACCACAAGCACAGCCGCAGUACACGAAGAGUAUACCGCAAAGCACGUCGCUGCCGCAGGUCAGCGCCGCCAUUCCGCAGCCAAUCGUUACACUGCCGCCGCUUCCGCUUGAAAGUCAACCGUCGGUGGAGCCUAUCGCUGCGAAUGGCACAUCUGCAGUUGCAGCCAAUGUCGAGACAAAAAAGUCGCUUCCGAAUCUCAAGUUAGUUAUAGAAGGUAAUGGUACUCAAAAUAGUUUGCCCGGCACUCCUCAAGAUAAUAAAUACUCGGCGCACAUGCAGAGCCUGCAGCAGAAACUCUCAUCGAUUACAAUGACCGGCCAAGUACCCGGUCCAUUAAGUCCACAAACCACACUAGUCUCAGUCGACUUUCCGAAGAACGCAGCCGGUGAUGGCAAACCGACGGGAACCGGUGAGAGCGCGCCUAAUAGUGGUAGCGCCACCUCCGAGCUGCUUUCCCCCGUACAGGAACAACCUCAAAACGACACGAAGCUUUGCGACCUCAACGCCGAAAUCGCCAAGAUUCACUCGCGGCGCGAGAGUGUCAUCGAACAAUCUUCCACUACAACGUCACUAGUUUCAUCACCAGUGGCGGAGUUGCCCAAGACAUUAGCUCCGCCCCCCGAAGGUGGGGUUUUGACCACGAGCAAACCGAAGGAGCGUCGAGUGUCGAGGUUUAAGGUCAGCGUAGUCACCGAACCGGAUCGCAGCAAGUUGGAGAUUCCGGUGGAAGCGCAAUCGACAUCAGCGCCGUCUACACAAACUAGUCAACAAGUCUUUCAGCAUGUCGCACAUGCGCAAACCCAGCAACCGCCUAUGGUGUACCAUCAAGGACAGCAAAUGCAAGUGCAGGGUCAUCCUCAGCUUGCGGCCGGAUUGGGCCAGGUGGCGACACAUGUGAUUGCGCAAGCGCAGCCACAAGGCCCGCAGCAGUCCGAAGACAUCACCUCAGUGAUUAAUCACUCUUUUGAGAAGCUACUAGAAGCUGCUACAAGCUAUCCAAAGAAAGAUGAUUUGGCGCAAGUUUCAUCCGUCCCUGUGCCGAGCAGCGCACCGAAGGAGUUCCGCAAGUCGUUCUCGUUUGUUGACCUAGCGGCACAAAUCGCAACUAUCCUUCCGAAACAUGGCGACCGUGCGUCAUCCGGUACAACCGCGCAAACCGCCGAAGCGAAAUUUAUCCAAUCGACGGGUUCGGUGAACACGCGUAAGAUUAGCAACGUGCGCCGGAGCACAAUGAAAAUCCCCGAGAUACGCAUCGACCCGCCGACGGACUUUACCUCUUCCAUGCCGGACAUUGCCAGUUGUUUCAAAGAGAUGCACAUGCAACCGGAGGUGACAUCACCCACCGACAACUAUGACUUCGGUAGUUGCCCAGAUUUAUUCCAUGGCAGGAUACGCACGCUGUCAAACAGCAGUUGUCCGCCAAUACUCGUGAACGAUUUUAAGGUUAAAGAGGUUAAAGGCGCUGGAGGAGGGUCGAUGCGCAAACGAAAAAUCGCUGUCAGCGGUACGCGUCGCAGGUUAAGCUUUCAAUACCGUCGUGGGCGUGGCGAACAACGAAUCAAAAUCCGCGCACGCACAAUAGUCACACCCACCAUAACACUUUCGGAUAGCAACCAAACCGAAGUCAGUAUUUCAAAACCGGAUUCGUUGCCAUUGAACACAAGCGAUCGCAUUGUCAUCCAACAUGAUUUCCGUCCAAAAUCACCACCUGCGCAAUUCUACCGCCCCGGUUCACCACCCCCAUGUACAUCCGGCGUGUCCACACUUGUCUCACCACCGAAAUCGACGAAAAAGAGCUGCAGUCCAUCGGAUCUGCUCAAAAACAAGCUGAAACAAUCGCUGUCGAUGCAGAACCUGCAUAGUAACACCAAGAAGGAGUGUUUUGAUCCGAGCAGUUCCUAUCAUACGGUACACUCACCGGAUGAUCUACCCGCUGAGGUAGUGGCUUUCCUACGGCGCGAUUCGCCUAUCACCAUACCAGUCACCGUGAGCAGCACAUCAUCGCUGGCGCGCUGCUGCUGUGGACUGGCUGACUGCCGCCGAAACAAUCUAUCAAUCACCGAAUUUCUGGAGACGUAUUUCGAGCGUGUGGAUGAAACAUUCGAGGAGAUGCUGAAUCGACAAAAGUCCGAGCUGAAUGCGCUGAUGGAGGCUCACCGCAAGCAGCAGUUGGAGUAUAUGGGUUCAUUAUCUGCAAGUCGGAGAAACAACCAAAGUUAAGAUGAUUCAACCUAGACGACGUAGACGACUACUCUAAAUGACCUAAAAUCUCGCAUAGCAACGUUUCUUCUCUUCUCUUCGUCUCAUCGCGUAACUAGUAGCCCCGCCCACACCCCACGUACCCAAUUUAAUCCUAUAAUCGAUAAACAAUCUCUAAACAAAUAAAAUCGUUAGCUAGAGAUGCACGGAACGCGACCGACUUGCAUAUUCGAGAGAAGGACAACAAAAAAAAAACAAGUGUGUGAUAAAUAUGUAUAGAUUAUUGUUUAUAUUGUACAUUCAUAUAUAGUUAGUUAGCCAUAGACACUUAUUACUACGAUAAUCAGCUGAUAUACAAUAUAACAAAACGUAUAUUGUAA